UCCCUUGUUUUUCAAGCAAAUAUAUAGCAACUUAAGUUUCAUCAAAGAUGAGUUACUUUGUUGAUAAAAAGCCACAUGCUGUGUUGAUUCCAUAUCCACUUCAAGGUCAUAUAAAUCCAUUGUUAAAACUAGCAAAACUUCUUCACCUUAAAGGCUUUCACAUAACCUUUGUCAAUACCGAAUACAAUCACAACCGUUUGCUUAAAUCAAGAGGUUCUAAUUCUCUUGAUGGUUUCACUGAUUUUGUCUUUGAGACUAUCCAAGAUGGUCUAACUCCAAUGGAAGGUAAUGGUGAUGUUAGUCAAGACUUGGCAUCUCUUUGUCAAUCAGUUGGAAAGAACUUCAUUCAACCCUUUGGUGAACUUCUUCGUCGAAUUCAUGACUCUGCCGAUGCUGGUCUUAUUCCACCAGUUACUUGCUUAGUAGCUGAUUUUUACAUGCCAUUUACCAUACAAGUUGCUGAAGAGAAUGCACUCCCAAUCCUUCUCUUUUCACCAGCCAGUGCAUGUAACUUCUUAACUACUUUCCACUUUCGUACAAUAUUUGACAAAGGUCUAAUACCGCUCAAAGACUGUAUUCCAGGAUUGCAGAACUUUCGACUGAAGGAUCUGCCUGACAUAAUAAGGGUUGAAGAUCGAAAAGAUCCCAUUUUAGAAUUUGUCAUUGAAGUGGGGGAUAGCUUACACAAAGCCUCUGCUAUUAUCUUUAACACUUAUGAUGAACUUGAGAGUGAUGUAAUGAAUGCGCUAUAUUCUGUGUUCCCUUCAUUAUAUACCAUUGGACCAUUACCUUCACUACUAAAUCAAACUUCACAUAAUCACUUGGCAUCUUUAGGUUCCAAUCUUUGGAAAGAAGAUACCAAGUGUCUUGAAUGGCUUGAAUCAAAGGGACUUGAGUCUGUUGUUUAUGUGAGUUUUGGCAGCAUUACAGUUAUGACUCAAGAGCAACUAUUAGAGUUUGCUUGGGGUUUGGCCAAUAGCAAGAAACCAUUUUUGUGGAUCAUUAGGCCUGAUCUUGUCAUUGGCGGCUCCUUUAUUAUGUCAUCUGAGUUUGAGAAAGAAAUUUCAGAUAGAGGUCUAAUCGCAAGCUGGUGUCCGCAAGAGCAAGUAUUGAAUCACCCUUCAAUUGGUGGAUUCUUGACUCAUUGUGGAUGGAACUCAACGGUUGAAAGCGUACUUGCUGGAGUGCCAAUGUUGUGUUGGCCAUUUUAUGGAGAUCAACCAAUAAACUGUAGAUAUAUCUGCAAUAUAUGGGAGAUUGGAAUUGAAAUCGAUACUAAUGUGAAGAGAGAGGAGGUCGAGAAGCUGAUCAAUGAAUUGAUGGUGGGAGAUAAAGGAAAGAAGAUGAGGCAAAAUGUCGCAGAGUUAAAGAAGAAAGCAGAAGAGAACACCAGUAUCGGUGGUUGUUCAUACAUGAACUUGGACAAAGUUAUUAAGGAGGUCUUGCUUAAAAAAUAUUAAAGUGUGGUUGUGAAUUCAUUGAUCUUCUAUUGAAUUUGUUUCAUUGUCAAGCAAAAAUGAUGCAAUUAAUGUGGUGCUAGUUAUAUUUAAUAUGUAAACCAUAUAGUUCAUUGUACUUUAAACUAUGUAAUUGUUCCCAAAGUGAUAAAAUGAUUUGAUGAAUGUGAAAGUGUCAUACAGCCUCUGUAACUCAGAUUCCAUUACCUAAGAUGGAAAGAAAAUAUCACUUUAGAAAACACAUAUGAUCAAAUAAUUACAUUUGUAA